AGAGGGAGAGGGAGAGAGAGAGAGAGAGAGAGAGAGAGAGAGGCUCGCUGGGGUUGGGUUGGAGAAAAGCAAAAAACUGGUAUCUUGUUCGGUUUAAGAGAUCUAUCUACUGGAAAAAAGCUAAAAUCUUUCAAGGGAACGGAUGCCCCUCGCCAUUCUCGUGGAGAUUCCUUCUUGCAGAAAUGGCCACACCGUUUCUAGCUGGACUUGCAGUUGCAGCUGUUGCUCUUGCAGGCAGAUACAGUGUCCAGGCCUGGCAUGCGUUCAAGACACGACCAGCUACAGCUCGUAUGCGCAAGUUUUAUGAUGGUGGUUUCCAGCCUACAAUGACCAAAAGGGAGGCUGCUCUGAUUCUUGGUGUUAGGGAAAAUGCUCCUCCUGACAAAGUAAAAGAAGCACACAGGAAGGUAAUGGUUGCAAAUCAUCCAGAUGCAGGUGGCAGCCAUUACCUUGCUUCCAAGAUCAAUGAAGCAAAAGAUGUGAUGCUUGGAAAGACCAAAGGCAGUGGAUCUGCAUUCUGACUUCACCUGUUUUCCCUUAAUGAUUCUGUGUGGCUCCCCUUUAUCAAAGGGAAUGUGAAAGAACCUAUUUCUUCAUUACAUCCUUCCAGAGAUACCAAUGUGCUCUUUCCAAAAACUAUUGGGUAUUUUGUCACCUUCCCCAAAUUAAUUGUAGCGUUCUUAAGAAGUUAUGUUGAAUUUAUUUGUGAAGUUGAUGGUGCCAAGGAUGUAUGUCUGCAAGUAUAGGGACUGUAUUUU